AUGUCUGCAUUCUUUACCUACAUUUUGCCUUUCCUGGCCCUGCCAGCCGUUCAAGCUUGCCCGACCAAGCACCAUCACAGUAGCACGGCCUGCGCCCAGGUGACUGGGAACCAAACCAUCAAUGCGUUCCAGCUGUAUCCUGAGAACGCAGACUUCGACAAGAAGCGCUGUGUGGCUUACUUCAGUGUCCUCUAUAACGCCACCGUGGCUUCCUGGAACCCUUCCACGUCCGAGAUCAAGACCAUCGAGAUCCCAGGCCUGAGCUUCAACCCCGAAUUCCACUCGAGCGGCGUCCGCAUCGACCCUCUCGACCGCCUCUCCAUCGUCAUCAACGCCGGUGCCGCCUUCGAUACCGCUGGCCAGAACAUCACGGGCGACAACACCCUCGUCAAAUACGACCUCACCAAGAAGCAUGUCCUGUGGCAGCGCAACUUGACCGAGGUCACGGGCGGCGUGUACGGUGGAUUCCAGGACACGGCCCACGGCCCCGACGGGACCACAUACGCCCUCGGCACGUUCCCCAGCAGCAUCAUCCGGGUCAGCCCGGACGGCUCCGAGGCCGUUGCGUGGUACCUCAAGACGCCCGCCAACCACACCAUCCACGGAUUCUCUGGACUCGUCUCGUCCCCUGACGGAAAGUCGCUUCUCGUCGUCGACAGCUCCGACGGCCAGCUCUACAGGUUCGACACCGCCAACGCCAAGGCCUCGACACCCGUCCGCGUCCCCCUGACAUCGGCGAAGACGAUCGGCGCUGCGCUCGAUGGCGUUUCAAUCCCUUCCCGGUACAACGGCACCGUCAUUCUCGUCUCUGAUAAUGUAAAGGGAACGGUGGUCCUGCACUCGGCCGACGCCAAGUGGGAGUCUGCCGCCGUCGUGGGAACAGUCCCCAACGCGUACCUGGCUGAUGGAGGCUCGACGACGACGACUGUGCAGAUUGGCGGCAGCGUCUACGCGUCAACGGAGUAUUUCGGAGACGCCAAGGUCGCUGGCACACUGGCUGGGAAUCGAACGGAGUGGCCGUUGAUUGAUAUCACUGCCAAUAUCAAUGGAUUCCUGUCUGCUCAGUAA